AUGGCCAGCCGAGUGGAGGGCGAUCGCUUGGCGGAUUUGAAUUCCGGCUCAGGUGCUCAAGCGAACGUGCUCGUCAGAACCAUACGUUGCUUCAGCUACGAAGUCCAAGCCAAGAACAAGAAAAGUUUUGUGGUUCUGGCCACCACCGUCAUAGACUGUGACGACAACAUGACGCACCUGGUCGAACACUUCUUCGGCCCUCGUCAAAAAGAACUUCUGUCCUCGCGCGAGGCAUACUGGCUUCCGGAAGGUAAGCCGACCUUGUUUCGAUUGAAGGAUAUGAAAAAGGUCCAGGCACAGCACUUCGGGCGCAUGGCGGCUUCUGUUAGCAACAUGAUCCAGGUUGAAAAUCUGAGCACGCCAAAAGCCAGCCUCAAGGCCGUGCCAAUCUUGCGAGGAAGUCCAGAGGAGAAGCAUGUGAAGACAUACUACAUGCCACGGCAGCCAUUGACAGACCUUCAUGCAAUUUCCGAAGGCAUGUUCGUGACCAUUGCCGGGGUGCUUGUGAGUGUCGGUAAAGCAGAGCCGACUUCGCAAGGUUUCGUCUUAGCCAUCUCCAUUGCCGACCAACACUGUGUUGUCGAGGGCAUCAAGAUUUGGAAGGCAGAUGAGUCUUUGUUCAGCAAGGCGAACAUGACACCUGGACAGAGAUCGAUGGUGGUGCUGCACAACUUUUGGGCCGGUGUGUCGGAGGAUGCCGCGCCGGGGGUUCAGAAGAUCGUCAACGUCGCAGAUCGAAGCUCUGUCACGGUGCUGUGCCGCACGGACCUUACCAGCACAGAUGCAGCGGUUCUUGACAGAGCCGAUAACAGCACGCCUGCCGAAACGAUAUGCCUGGACGACCAUGCAGGCAAGCAGAGUCAGACUCGCAAGAAAACCAUGGUGCAAUGGAGCAGCGAGACGGCUACGCAGUCCUCGGUGAUCUCCCUGCAGCAUUGCGAUGAGGACGGCUUGUACAGGUUGGACGCGGUUGUUCCGGAGGUCGACAUGACGCAGGACAGCCUCACAAAGCAGGGCAACAUCUUCGCAAAGUUGGUCAUCAUGGACACGACUGGCAAGAUGCACAUCCGGGCUGGGGCGGAGGUGUUGGCUGAGCUGUGCGGGUUGCCGCCAGAUGCGGCCUCCGACGACGAGUUGCGCCGCAUGCUGGCCACGGGUGUCAUGCAUUUGGCGCGAGCUACACUCUAUGUUGAGCGUCGUGCUGCACCAGACAAGGACGACCCCUCCAUCACCCGGAUCAACUUCGUCGCGCAAGCAGCCAGAUCUUCUUUUUUUGCAGCGGACAUCCUUACCGGUGUUGCACCGCGCAGUGCCUGCAUCCUACCUUGUUCGCUGGACCAACUCCGGGUGGCAUUUGGCAAGCUCCAGGUUGACAACGUCACGGCGGAGGGCCCUUUGUUGUUGAUGACAGGAUCGAAGGCGCAACCGCGCACAACUGUUGAUGGACAGGAUUUCUGUAUCGAGAACAUCGGUGCCGCGUGCAUGUUGUCACGCAAGUGCUGUACGGUCAAGUCCAAGGUGCCGCUCCAGGUGCAAACAUCAUUCGUGUUGGAACCAGGCAGACCGGCCCCUGUCUUGGUGGGAGGCAUGGAGCACAUCAGCACGGACGGCAGUGACGCCAAGAUCAUCCUCCACGCCCGUAUGAUUUGGAAGAAUCUCGGCAUGGAAGAAGAUCUGGCUCUCAAAGCCUUCACCCAGGAGAAGGUCAAGACCCAGGAACAUUUUGAGCGUGCCGGGCGGAAAAAACGCUCGCUGCCCGACUUGGUCUUGGAGCUCAAGAAACAGGAGGUCAAGAAGUGUCGAUCAAUCGACGCUGCUUAUGGUGGAGCAUGA